CUGACCUUCCAUAACACCACGUUUUCAUAUACCAGAGUAUACGAAAUUGCAAAUGUCUUUGUUGGUUCUGAGACGGACAAAUUAUUUGUUCUUGGCGCAGAAGCCAAAACAAAUGGGGAAAUCGAUGUGACGUUCUCAGCACCAGCAGAAGAUGGCGAUUAUAUAGAAGUCUUUGAAGAAAACAACCCAUCGAUGUGGAAAGAUCCCAAAAGUGUUCAAACAGUUGUAUUAAAGAAAGGUGAGAUGAAGUCUCAAUUGAUGGUAAAACGUGAUGGUGGUUCUAUUGAAAAUAAAUAUGAAGUAAGAUACUUCAAGAAAAACUCAAAAUUAGGAACAACGUACAUCCCUUUCGCUAUUUCCAAGCCCUUCAACAUUUAA